UCCACGCCAACCAAGACAACCAAGAGGGAGACAGCCUCAUCCAGACGACUUUUCAUGUCGUCUACCACAAGAUCCAAGCGAGAGGCUACCGAGCCAGCUUGUCGAUCUGCGGUGGAGCUCAAACGGCAACGCACUCUAGCUCAUCAUUCUGCAACUACUCCGCCUCCAGCGGUGAUUGUCCACCACCCUUCCACUGGUAGUGGGCUUCCCUCGUCAGCAUCGGCCUCGGUCUCGGCAUUAGCAUCGCCAUCGUCGGCUGCGACUCGUUCGGAGACUCUCGCAUCGGCAUCAGCUUCUGCCGUGGUGGCCAUGGCCACGGAAUCGCAUGUGCCAGUGCCGUCGACGCGAACCGCUCUCUUGCCAGAGCUCAACGCAUCACCCUCGCCCUCGCCCUCGAGUCCACCUCGUGAGCAACUCGCAGAUCCUCCAGUUGUCCCGCCGUCUCCGCCUGGAAAGAGCACCCCGUGUCCGCGCCCGGCAGGCCGCCUCGACUCAAUCAUCGCGUCGGCACCGCGGAGAAAGUCAAAGGCCGAGACUGGACGCUCGUCAUCGUCCUAUCAUGAAUCGUCAUCGGGAAGCACCUCCGUAGGCGGCGUCUCGUUCUCCUCGCUCUUUUCGCCCGUCCUGCAGCUCUUCUCUCACUCUGAGCUGCCGUCGGACCCGUUUGACUCGGCCAUGUUUGCCCACGACGACGAUCUCAUGUCUCUGGCAUCAUCAUCAGCCGCCUCGUCGGCUACCUCGUCGGCUGCCUCGUCGACUACUGUCUCGCCUGCUGUCUCCCGGCUGGGCGUCGCGCCGCCGUCGAUCCGCCGCUGGGGCGGCUCGCCCUCGCGCGCACAACCUCGCAUUGGCUUCUCCAUUAGCCAGGCCUCGGGCUUGUCGCCAGUCCGGCGCUCGGAGUCCUCAUCAUCCAACUCGCUCUUUGCCCGCUACCUCGAGGCGUCGGACCCGUCGUCGUCGCUUCUCGCCUUCGACGGCCUCGAUGGCCUCGACGGCCUCGACGGCCUCGACGACGAUGUCGCUGACUCGAGCUCGCUGUCACGACCGCCGCUCGGCACCAAUGUGCCAGGGCGGAGCCCCUUCGCCACCGCUGUGGUCGAUCGCCCAGUCCCAUCGCCGCCGCCGCCACCGCCGCUUGACGCCUACCCGCUGCCUGCGGCCGACGAGAAUGAGAGCCCGUCGUCGCUGGCCCCGCCAUCGCAUGAGGUCGAGCCUGCCUCGGACGAGAUCGACCCAUACGUGUUCAUUUACAACUUGCCCGCCCUCCCGCCGCGGUCCAUCGGCGGCCCGUUUGUCCUCCCUCCCAAGGCGGCCGACGACAACCGCAUCACCCUCGUUCUUGACCUCGACGAGACCCUUGUCCACUGCACCAUGGAGCCGGUCUCAUCUCCCGACAUGGUCUUCCCCAUCUAUUCGGAAGGCCGCACCUUCUCUGUCUAUAUGCGCAAGCGCCCGCACUUUGAGGCUUUCCUGGCCACCGUGUCUCAACUCUUCGAGGUUGUUGUCUUUACCGCCUCGCAGGAAGUCUACGCCUCGGCGCUUCUCGACCUCCUUGACCCUGAUCACGUUCUCAUUGACCACCGGGUCUACCGUGAGUCGUGCGCCAACAUCGGCGGCAACUACAUCAAGGACCUCACUGUCCUUGGCCGCGACCUUGCCCGCGUUGCACUCAUCGACAAUUCGCCGCAGGCUUACGGCUACCAGCUUGACAACGGCAUCCCCAUCCGCUCUUGGUACGACGACAAGACCGACACCGGCCUUAUCCAACUCUUGCCGUUCCUUCGCUCGCUGGCCACAGUCGACGACGUCCGGCCCAUCAUCCGUGCCGCCUUUCAGUCGGCUGCCGUUGUCUCACGCCGCGGUCGCAAGCAUCAGGCUUUCUCCAAGAUCUUCUGA